CGCAUGAACCGAUUGAGUGCUAUUACAGACACAUUAGUGUCUCGCGGCGAUGGCAGUCACGCUACUCAUAUCUCAACUAUCACACUGGGGGCUGCCGUAGUUUGCACCGUGUGGUAUGCCGCAGUCUCCUUAGUUUGCGCCGUCGGCUAUACCCAGCUACGUCACUAUUCUCAUCCUCCACCAAAGUCCACGGUCUCUGAUUCGAACGCACCACACGUUACCGUCAUUCGACCUGUCAAAGGCCUCGAGCCCAGCCUCUACCAAUGCUUGGAGUCGACCUUCCUUCAGGAGUACCCAAAAGACAAGUUGACAGUCUUUCUCUGCGUGGCCGACCGCGAAGAUCCUGCUUUCCCUGUUCUACAACAACUCAUCAAGGAUAACCCGACUUUCGACGCUCAUGUACUGAUUGAAGAGGAAGACCCAGAACUACAGGGCAGCGAUGCAGAUACGAGACUUGGGCCCAACCCCAAAGUCAGAAACAUGAGUCGGGCGUACAGAGAGGCCAAAGGCGAUAUCGUAUGGAUCAUUGACUGCAAUGUCUGGGUCAACAGGGGUGCUUGUGGAAGAAUGGUCGACACGCUGAUCGGCAACAGAGGCAUCAAGAACAAAUUCGUCCAUCUUUUGCCACUGGUCGUCGAUAUUGCGGGCACACCUGUUCCUGAGAGCGCGCAAAGCCUCCUUCAAGGUCGCGACCCGGACAGCAACUUCCGAGUCGUCUCUACCAGUACUGCUGGCCACCAACUGCGAUCGUCCAACAGUGCCUCCCUGGAUGUUCUAAGCGAAGGUGGUGGAAGGAUCGAAGAACUGUUCAUGUCUUCAGCACACGCAAAAUUCUACACAGCAAUCAAUACCGUCUUGAUUGCACCCUGCAUCGUCGGCAAAUCAACCAUGUUCCGCAAAUCCCAUCUCAACAGCCUGACCAACAGCCAAGGCAUCGAUUUCUUCUCCGAAAACAUCUGUGAAGAUCAUCUUAUUGGCGAUUUACUCUGGAAAGGAAAGAUUCCAGAAGAAGAACGUGGUGAGAAGUGGGGCAAGCACGCUCAAGUCUUUGGCGAUUUGGCUAUUCAACCAAUGGCUGGGAUGAGUGUUGCUGAGUACAUUGCUCGCAGGAGCAGAUGGCUUAGAGUCAGGAAGUUUACGGUUACAUUGGCGACGCUGGUGGAGCCGGGAACAGAGAGUUUCUUGUGCUCGCUUUAUGGCGCUUUCGCUUUUACGACGCUUCCUUUCUUCCAUGACAGGCUUGGUGUACCGCAGACGUGGACAGCUUUUGCUUUGUUCUGGGUUUGCAGCGUGUGUACUUGGUGUUUUAUCGACUGGACACUGUACUGCAAACUACACUCCUGUGCAUCGGUCGAAGUUGACGAAAACACACCUGCGUUUGCACGCCCCCCGAGAGAGGGCAGACGACGACCCUUUNUGGUCUGGCUAGCUGCUUGGCUUGCUCGAGAGACUUUGGCAUUGCCUAUUUGGACGUGGGCGGUCUAUGGAGGCGUCACUGUGGUCUGGAGAGGCAAGAAGUUAUGGGUUGGUAUGGAUAUGAAGGUUCAUGAGAUCAAGUCUGAAAGCAGCACUUCUGCUGUGAGUACGUUAGAUGCUUCAAAAGCAAGGACAGAUUAG